CAGACCGGAGCUUCUCCUCCUCCUCCUCCUCCUCCUCCUCCUCCUCCUCCUCCUCAGUCUCGCUGUUGCGUCGUCGUCGCUCCAACCAGGAGGUCAGUAAGUCCGAACCCGCAGCCGCACACAGACCCGCACUGAGGACCUUUUUCUCCGCAGAUCCACGCAGAAACACAUAGAGCAGCACCAUGGGGAAAGGCUGCAUCACGGCGAGCAAGUACUUCCUGUUCCUCUUCAACCUCAUCUUCUUUCUGUUCGGAGUCGUCAUCAUGGGCUUUGGACUGUGGCUCCUCCUGGACAGUCAGAGCUUCAUCGUGGUUCUCAAUAACUCCACGUCCGUGAAGGUGGCCUGCUACGUCCUCAUCGGGGUCGGAGGCUUCUCCAUGCUGCUGGGCUUCGUCGGCUGCAUCGGGGCCAUUUACGAGGUCCGCUGCCUGCUGGGCCUGUACUUCACCUGCCUCCUGCUGAUCCUCAUUGCUCAGAUUGCAGCCGGCGCACUCGUCUACUUCCAGAAGGAUGUGCUGAACAUGGAAAUGUCCAAGAUCAUCAGGGAAGUGCUGAAUGAAUACUCCGGAAACAACACCACCACGGAGCAGGCCUGGGACUUCAUCCAGAGGAAUAUGGCGUGCUGUGGCUGGACCGGCCAUCAGGACUGGUUCAGUAACAUGAUCGUCACCAACAGCUCCCAGAUGCUGUUUCCCUGCUCCUGCUGGAACGUCACCCUUGCCUCCCGAAACUUCUCCGACAGCGGGUUCUGUGAGUCUCAGACCAUCGACUGGGCCGUAUACAACACGGGAUGUUCUGCCAGUGUGGAGACGUGGCUCGUCACCAACAUCUGGGUUGUCCUGGGAAUCUGCCUCGGAGUGGCCAUCGUUGAGCUGCUGGGGAUGAUUCUGUCCAUCUGCAUGUGCAGGAACGUCCACGCGGAGGAUUACACCAAAGUGCCAAAGUACUGAGGCUCGGCUCGGCUGGUCAUCUUUUAAACUGAGGAAACAUGGAAAGAAAAAGUUGAAACAUAAUUAUAUCGGCCUGUAUUUGGUGAAAUGAUGACAAAAUGUAAGAUAAUGUUUUUUUUCUUAAUGUUUUAUUGGAUUUUUAUUCUUUUGUUGGUCCAGUUUCCUUUAAGCACUUUAGACAUUUUAGUUUUAAUCUUUGGAUCAUCUGAAAAUGAAUUUGGAUCGGAGCGUCGCUGGUGUCCAUGAUGUCAAAUUACUGCUGCAAGCUUUUAGUUCCCCUUCAAAAUCUGAAAUUAAGUGGAAUUUGUAAAGAAGAGUUGGGGAGAGUUGGCGUUAUGGCUAAAAAUCCACCUGACGGUUGAUUUUGCUUCUUCAUUUUUAUACACCGGUGUUGUUGUGAAAUGUUUUUAGUACUUUGUACAUAAUUUUAGUGAUUAUUUGUAUGAAUUUAAUUCCCACGAAUAUUUCUGCCAGUGUUUUCUGAUUUCUGUUUUUCUCUUCAGACUGUAGGGAUCUGCUUCAGGAAAUAUAGAUAAAAAAUAAUGCGGUACUAAAGGCAUCUUUCAGCUUUCCCACCUGGUUUAACCCAUACGUGUUUGAGGGAAAGGUUUCUCUUAACCAUGUUUGAAUUCCUUGAAAUGGAAAAACUGAUGCAACAGAUUAUUUUAAAGUGAGAAAAAAAUAGAUAUUUUUGGGAGAGGUACAUCCUAGGAAAACUGUACAAUUUUUAGCUUUGAGUGCAGAUGUUUUUUAUAGCGUCCUGUUUUCAUGUACAGUCUGAGUGAGAAAUGUUGCAUUAACCCUAUAACAGCUUCUAAGAUUAGACGGGUUUGUUUGCUUGGAUCUAGGUGGACUUUGGUGUCGUAGCUAUAGAGUCAUAAAUGUACUCACAGCAGUUAUUUUAUUUCAUUUUGUCAAUAAACUGAUUAAAGUCGA